UGAACAGCUCUUUCUAGAUCCGACGGUUAACGUUACUUCACAAUCAUUAUAUAUAUGCCUUCGCCUUCACUUAUCUUAUCCAUUCCGUUUUACUCCUCCUUCGGAGUAACUUCGCCGCUCUACCUUCUCUCUCAGGUGAGAACCCCGACGACUCCGACGAUUAUAUCAAUCACCGGAGAAAAUGGCGAUUGUCUCUCGAAGUAGCUCCAGCAACUGGAUUUUUCCUCUGAAAGUUCUGCUCAUCUUGGUCGGUGUCUGUUCGUUGGCUGUUGUUUUAAAGCUCUCCCUUCCGGCGAUAUCGGACUUUUUAGUUUCUGAACUUCCUCGGCUUUGGAGCUCUUUCCGCUUUUGGCUUAAGCCUCCAUACCUCUACUUCGUCAUGAAUGGCAUCAUCAUUACCAUUGCUGCGUCUUCGAGGUUCCGGCAUAAGGUCGAAGAGCAGCCGGAGCUAGUGGUACCGGGGCCGGUGAAAGCCGAGGUACAACCUGAUUUUGCCGUUGCUGCGGGAUACGACGCUGUGGUGUUGAAGAAUCCUGUCACCGUAGAACAGCAGUUCGAUUACGAUAUUGUUGCUUCAGCGAAGGAUGUUGUGGAUGCUACUCAGCUGGUUUAUGGAGGUUUGGAGCCGGCGGUGGUUUACGGACAGGAUGAGGUCAGUGCGACGGAAGUGAAGAGUCCUGUGGUGAACGCUUCUGAGGACGACGAUGGUGAGGAUGACUUCGUGAUUUCUAGGUCGACUUGGACGCCGCAGGCCAGGGAGUCGACGGAGAUUCGAGGUGAUUGUUCGUUUGCGACAGUGAAACCUCUGGUUUCCAUUCGGUUCGGUCACCGGAAAAACGUCAAAUCUAGUCCUGAAGUUGGCAGGGGACUGACGGUGGCGAAGUCGAAGCGAAACGACACUUUAGAGAGCACAUGGAAGAUGAUAACGGACGGGCGUCCGAUCCCACUGAACCGUCACCUCAAGAAAUCUGAGACGUUGGAGAUGCUGGGUCGCCACAACAGUCCCAACUCGGGCCCACCGGAGGCGGUGAAGAUGAUAAAAUCUGAGACGUUCAAGGAUCGUAACAGCAACACCUCGUCGCUGUCACCGUCGCCCGGUUCGGGGAAGCUCCGUAAGGAACCGUCACUGGGCCAGGACGAGCUGAACCGACGGGUCGAGGCAUUCAUAAAGAAAUUCAACGAGGAGAUGAGGUUGCAGAGACAAGAGUCUUUGAAUCAAUACCAUGAGAUGAUCAACCGAGGUGCAGGACUUUAAUUAUUCUCUGUCAGGUUAGACAUUUGGAAAGUAUUAAAAGAUAAAAUAGUUCUUAUACUCCUGGAACGGGACAUUAACGGUUUCGGAAAGUCUGCUCCGACUUUUUUUUUUUUUGGUUCCCUUAUUCCUUCCUUAUUUAUUUUAUAUAUUAUAUAUUUUUUUUUUUUUUAAGAUACAGAAUACAGAUGGGAUAUAUUUUCCCUUUUCUUUUUAAAAUAGUGAUAUAUCACUGUACAGAGAAGUGGGUGUUCUUUAAUUUGUUUGUUUGUUUUGGGGAAAAAAAAAAAGAUUGGAAUGAAUGUGAGCCUUUUAUGUUGUA